CCACCGGUCUUCCCUCAAUUCAAUUCUUUUGCGGUGCUCCUGCUUCCAUGUCACCGCCUGUCAUCUUUCACUCUCUCAAUGGGGACCCGGUAAAAAGAGAAUGCCCAAUUAUUGGUCGGCUUGCAUUAUUUGGACCACAGAACUUGCCUCUGGCCUCAGCCAUCAAGCUCUUUCUUCUUCAUGCAGUCAUUCAUUGCCUUAAUAAAUUCGAUACCCACCAAAAAGAGGAACCUCUGUAGUUUGAUCCCGUAGAGGUAGAGCUAUGGGCAGUUUUAGCAUCAGUGGGAGAGUGUGCUGGGCACUGCUCUUGGGUCAGGGAGUUUCAUUGUGCCUCGCACUCGCCGGCUUCAACACCUCCCUCCUAGCUUCUCUGGGUGUUGAUUCGCCCCUGGCUCAAAGCUGCUUCAGUUACUUCAGCUUGGCCUCGGUUUAUGGUGCUAUACUGCUCUACCGACGCCAUAAACUGCAGGUUUCUUGGUAUUGGUACAUUCCCGUUGCAUUUCUGGAUAUGCACUCCAAUUUCCUCCUGAAUAAAGCAUACCAGUUCUCCUCAAUUACCAGCAUCACAUUACUGGUUUGCUGGACGAUACCGUGGGGAAUCAUUCUCACUCGGAUGUUCCUGGGUACCCGUUACUCGAUCCUGCAGCUAGUUGGUUCAGCGGUUUGUGUGAUUGGCCUCGCUCUGGUUCUCCUGUCUGAUGCUGAGUCUGAUGAUGGUGGUGGUGGGUCGAUGCCUCUUCUCGGUGAUGGACUGGUGGUUGUGUCAACAAUUUUCUAUGCCUCGUCCAACGUUAGCCAGGAGUUCAUUUUGAAGGAUGGAGGUCUGGUUGAGGAGGUGUUAUCGAUGCUCGGUGUUUUCGGGUUUCUAUUCAGUUUGGUUGAGCUAUUUGCAUUUGAGUUGGAAGGGCUAGCGUCAGUGAACUGGUCUGCAGAAAUGACAUGGGCCAUCACUGGCUACACCCUCUCGUUUUUCUCCUUGUACUCCAUGGCUCCUUAUGUUCUCAAGUUGAGCGGAGCCACAAUGUUGAAUCUCUCAUCCCUCACUUGUGAUAUGUGGGCUGUUGUUAUUCGGAUCUUCUUCUACCACCAGAAGGUGGACUGGCUAUACUUUCUUGCAUUUGCAGUUGUACUUCUUGGAUUAGUCAUGUACUCCCGAAAUGAGAAGGAUCCAGUCCCUGGACAUGACUUGGACAGCGAGAGUUCCAGGCAACGACUACUUGCUGAGCCAAAUCCAGAGGCAAUUGCUGGAAACGACUCUGUUCCUUUAACCUGAAUCCAGAUAUCAGUUGGUAUCACAACUUAGUAUGCUAUGAGUUUUCAGUUGUUAGUUGUUCUUCAGGAAUAAAAAAAAUGUUUCAGUUGUUAGCUUAGCUAUUUAGAAGCAUGGAAAGGGCUUUCCGUAUGAGAUUAGAGUCUACCGUUCAUUUCAUCUGAGGAUGUUAAAACCAUGAUGUCUACUACUCUUUUGUGCGGGUCCAAUGGUUUAUUUCCUACUGUUAUGAGAAAACAUAGGGUUUUUUUUACCCGUUUUGGAAACAGGGUUACUCAGGGUUUUUCAUAUCUUAUGCCUUUUCUUUUCUUUCCUAUUUUUCUUUUGAGAUAUUAUUAUUAUUAUUUAUUUAUUUAUUAUUAUACUAUACACUUAAAAGAGAGGUUUUAAGGUUACUGUUUAUUAGGGUCAAAUCAUCAGGGUAUUAAAAAAUUAAUUUAUCAUCAAUGGGGAUUGUUUUUGUCUGCCAUUUCUUGCUUGCCAUGGUUUGCAGGUUUCUCCCUUCAAUUUUUAUACCCUCUUUUAAUUGUAGAGAAGUUGCAUGGAUACUAACUCUAGAGACUAGAGGCAAAUCAAUGGGAACAUUAAAAUUUUGAAAAAGGA